CACGGCGCCAGCGUUUCUCGGUGUUUUGAUCGGUGUGGACUGGAGCAGUCACCGUGUUCUCUGGCAGUAACCCACGGGACGCAAACUUUCAGGUCACUGAUUAGUCUAGAUGCAGUAAACUGAAAGAAAUGGAAGAAAGAAAAAUCAAGAGGAGGAGCCCCAAAUCAUCUACCAGUCACCCUGCUCAGGUUGCUAGCUCCAAGAAAAACUCGGUGCCGGUCAGUAAGAGUACAGCCUUUUCAAAUCCUGCACCACAGCCUGCAGUACAAAAACCAAAGUUAAAACGUGUAAUUAAAGAGAAAGCCAAACCUCCAGGAGGUGAAGCAAAAGGGGCACAGGCAGCACCGAUCCAGCAUUCUUUUCUCACAGAUGUAUCAGAUGUCCAAGAAAUGGAAAGGGGACUUCUCAGUCUCCUGAAUGACUUCCACUCUGGCAAACUUCAAGCAUUUGGAAAUGAAUGUUCCAUAGAGCAGAUGGAGCAUGUGCGGAGUAUGCAGGAGAAACUUGCUCGCCUCAAUCUGGAGCUCUAUGGGGAGCUGGAGGAACUCCCUGAAGAUAAAAGAAAACUAGCCAGUGACUCCAACCUGGAUAGGCUGUUGUCAGAUCUAGAAGAACUGAAUUCAUCUAUCCAAAAGCUACAUCUAGCAGAUGCUCAAGAUAUUCCAAACAGUGCCACUGGCUGAAAGAAUAGUUUUGUCAAUUAGGAUUCCUCCAGAAGCUUUUGUUUUUCCUGACAGUGGAAUCUGGAACAGUUGGGGUUUUGUGGUUUGACUUUAUUGUGCUGUUUUUGGGGGGGUUUGUUGUGGGUUGUUUUGUUUGUUUGGCUUUUUUUUUUUAUUUUACACAAUGAAGGAGCAAAGUGUAAAUCCAAGCGUUUAUUUUAGUACAUUCCCCUCUGAGCACUGCAUUAUGUCAGGACUCAGUAUCUGGAGUUUGAAGUAGGUUAUUAUGAUGCUAUGCUUUUAAUUAUUGCCUUAUUUAAAUAGAAAAAUUGGGGAAACUUGGAAGUACAUUUCUUCUGCUCAGUCUUGUUCAUAUGGUUGAAAGUGAUAUAUGUAUAUAUAAGUUCAUUAGCAUUUCUCCAAUUUUUAUGAAGGUAGUGAUGAUGUUGCCUUUCUGAUCAGUAUGUACACAAUUGCACAUUAUUUUUAGUGUCCUGUUGAUCAGUGAUGCCACAGAUUAAUUUAUUCCUAAUAAAGUAAAACAUUUUAAAUAUAUGACAAUUAAUUUAGGGCAGCUGCUCUCUGUUCAGCUGUGUUAAGAAGAUACGAGUUCUUGCACGGUCUGAAUACUUGCCGAGUUUACUUUUUUUGUAACUGUGAAUAAAGUGUCACUAAAUUAGAACUAGCAUGCAUGCCAGUAGUCCACACAAUUAAGUAUUGUGAAAUUCCAAAAUUGGGUAAAUAGUUACUGUUCAAUAAAUCCAGUGUAUGCAAUUUUGUAGUGAUUCCUAUUUUAUAAGUUACCUGAUAUUAAUUGGUAUUGUAUUAGUGUUCACAGUCGGAGGAAAAAUAUUCUGUACUAACUUAAAAUCAGGCUGCUUUUAGAUAAAAAAUUUCUCUCCUAGUCCAUUAAA